AUGGUUAUUAGUGAGCCUAAUAUCGUUUCAACAUCUUUGCCGACAAUUCACCUCGACCUCCUUCGAGCUGAAAAUGACACGGAGAGCAAGAAAUUACUCAGCGCUUGUCGAACCCAGGGGUUCUUCUAUCUCGAUUUGACUAGCGAUCCAGAGCUAUGCAAAUUGUGGGAAGGCAUGCUAGCGAGGAUGAAGGAUUACUUCGAACAGCCGCUUGAAGUUAAGAUGCAGGACGCUCGGGGGAGUCACAAUUAUGGCUACAUACCCGUGGGCACCGAACCCGGCCCCAAGCCAGAAACAAAAGACGGCUACGAAACUCUCAAGUUUUCUCGCCGAGAAUUUCUAAAGGGCUCAGCUGACCUCACCACCGCGGUCUGCUCUGAAGCAGACUACUUCUUCUCCUACAUCAAGCACGCCCACGCAAUCACCAUCAUGAUCCUCGAGCGCCUCUCAACGCAGUUAGGCCUCACCGGCUCCUCGCGCUUCGAGGCCGACCAUGCGGACCCGGGGCCCUCUCUCUCGACGCUCGUCCUCCUACACUACCCAAAGCACAAUGAUUCCACCGCGCCCACCAACGUAGGCCACCUCAAACACACCGAUAUCAGUACCCUCACCUUGGUGCUCGCCGAACAAUGGGGUCUCCAAUUCCUCUCUCCGGAUACCAACCGCUGGGAGUUCCUCGAACCUCGGCCCGGCCACGCCAUCGUCAACGUCGGCGACUUUUUACGCUUCAAGUCUGGGGGAGAGCUGGCGAGCAUUGUGCAUCGCGUCAUUCCGCUCAAGGAGAGGCAAGACGAGGAUCGUUAUAGUAUUGUGUAUUUAAUCCGCACGAAUGAUGAUGUGAGCUUCAAUGACUCGACGGGCAAGACGUGGACGGCCAAGGAGUGGCAUGAUUUUAAGUAUGAUGUAUUCAAGAGUCCGACUACCUUGGAUGCGAAGGGGCAGAUUUUGACAGCCAUGAUGGAGAAGAAUGAUAGGAUGGUGGUGAGGGAAGGAAUAGCUUCCGGAUAAG